AUAUGCUCCAUAGAGAUGUAUGUCCUAAAAAAUUAGACAAUUUAUAUUUCUUGUUCCAAUAGUUCAUUAUAGAGAAGCAGACUUUAGAGUGGCAAUUAAAAAAUGGAAGAAAUGGAAAACGUAGUUAUGACGGAAAAAAUACAGGAGAAUCCAGCAUCUGGUGAAGAAAAAACUUCUCCAGAUAAUUCAGAAUAUGAUAGUGUAGAUAGUUAUAGUGAUGAAGAGCAAACAGAAAAUAAGUCCAGAUUUAGAACUGCUCCAGUAGAAUCCCGUUCUGAAACUGAAAGCAGUAUCAUUUUGGAGAGAGAAGAAGGUGAUGGACAGGAGAGUGUGCCUGCCAAGAGAAUUGAUGAUGAUGAAGAUAAGAAAAAUCCUCAAUAUAUACCUAAAAGAGGAACUUUUUAUGAACAUGAUGAUCGGUGUGCUGAAACGGAGGUUGUUGAAACAACUGAAGUGGAAAAAACUGAUAAGGAUAAUAAGAAAAAAGUAUGGCAAGAAAAAAAGGAGAAAUGGUCUCAUGACAGGUUUAAUGACAAUGAACAAGCUCCAAAAAGUAGAGCUGAAUUAAUAGCAAUAUAUGGUUAUGAUAUUCGUAAUGAAGAAGGUCCACCAAGAGCACGCAGACGAAGGAGAUAUGGACGUGGUCCAAACAAAUAUACCCGUAAAUGGGAGGACGAAGAGGCUUAUUCAAAACCUGUUCCAAAAGUGAAAUCCACAACAAGAAAGCAACCUCAACCCAAACAAAAUAAAACGGAAUUUCCACCAUUGGGAGUAAGACAGAAUAGAAUUCAAUCUAGGUCUUCAGAAUCAAAUGUAGAAGAAGACAUUGAAGCAGGAAAUAUUGGAAUGGAAUACCGAAGAUCUUCUGAAAGAGAUCAGAAAAACAAACCAGAACAGCCUAGAGAAUCAAUACAUAUUGAGCAAAGUCAGAUGGUUCAUGAUUCUCACACAAAUAAAGAACAGGUAAAAGCAAGUUCGACUCAUUCUAUAAAACCUAAAAAGGAAAUCAAGGAUUCAGAUUAUAGAGGAUUUACAGCAAAGACAAAACAACAGCGAGGUGUUCGAAGUGAGCAACAAAAAGUCUUGCCUUCUCGUAACCCGAGAAAAGACUCCACCGAAUUUAUUCAUUCACAGAAUUUUACAAAUAAAAAUGAGAUUCUAGUGGAGGAGUUGGAGAAGAAUAUAAAUAAUCUAGCGCUACAGGAUGGCACUUAUAACACUAAUAAACACGGUAAUAAUCAAGGCAGACAGGGUAGUGUACCACCUCGUUUGCAGCAAUCAGAACAAAAGGGUCCUAAAAGAUACAGCUCUAUGCGACAAAGAUCUCUGCCAGAAACAGGAACUCCUCCAGUACCUCCCUAUUCACAUAGUUUUUACCCCAGUGAUUACAACUCAGCAGCUCCUCCACCUCCAUCACAGCAACCUAUAUUACCUCCAACGGCUUUACCACCAAGUAUUGUAGCGCAGCAAGUACCUGUUACGGGCACUACCGCAACCGCCUUAAUGCGUGCUCCAUUUGCUGGAUCGCCUUAUUCUGCUCAGGCACCUCCGGGUGCAUUUAUACAGGCUCCAACACCUGCCUUUAUACCAGCCCCCCAGCAGGCUCAAAUUGUAAGUUACGUGACACAAGCUCAACCAGGGUUUGGAGCAGCAGGAUAUCAAGGAUUCCAGCAACAGUUUAAUACUGUGAGCCCGCCUGCCGAACUAUACCAACCACAAGUAGGGAUAACCUAUUAUUCAACAGAUCAGCAAAUUCCUCAACGAUCUGUGCCUCAGAAGCGACCAAAAGCCGCGAUUCCUAUAGUAGAUCCUACAGAGGUCCAUGAAAAACAUAAAGAAAUUGAUGAAUUUGUUGAACAUCAUGGUGGUUCAGUUAUGAAUCUUAUUGAAACCAACAUCCAAGACAGAAACCACAAACCGCAAGGCUUUUCUGAAGUAAAUGAUUAAGAAUGACUGCUUGUGACAUUGAUCCUAAAAUAUGCCCAUUUAUUUAUUGUUUAAUUUAUUUUUGAAGCUCUUCUUGGUGGUAACUAUAUGCUUAUUUUGUAUAAUCUUUGCAACACGGAAGAUAAAACAAUAGUUGUGAUGGCGUUAUAAGCAACAAGCCUUCUGAACUAUUAACUGUUAAUCAUUUCCUCAAAAUUAAGUCUCACUACUCAAUAUAUAGUUACCUAUGAAUUUUGUUCCAGCAUUCUUAGAAGGAAAAAGUAAUAUAUAUACACUUUACAUCACUUUGUGUGCAAGUCGUUAUUUAGGAGUAAAAAAUUAUCAAGGUUGAAA